AUGAAAGAGGAACUUCAAGCUCUCCAUGAUAAUCACACUUGGACCCUUGUUCCACAUCAUCCGUCUAUGAAUGUUAUUGGUUCAAAAUGGGUCUAUCGGACUAAAUUAAAAGCAGAUGGGAGCCUUGAACGCUUGAAAGCACGAUUGGUUGCGAAAGGCUUCAAUCAACUUGAAGAUGUGGAUUAUGAUGAGACCUUUAGUCCAGUGGUAAAGCCUCAGACCAUUCGAAUUAUUCUUACUAUUGCUCUCACUCAUAGAUGGAAAAUUAAACAACUUGAUGUUAAAAAUGCAUUUCUUCAUGGUUAUCUCAAAGAGCCUGUCUUUAUGGAACAACCACCUAGUCCACAUGGUACUAUUGUUCUACUCCUAUAUGUUGAUGAUAUUAUUCUCACUGGCAGUAAUGAGCACUUCCUUGAAUCCUUUGUUCGUCAACUCAGUACUGAGUUCGCCAUGAAAGACCUUGGACCUUUGCAUUAUUUUCUUGGUAUUGAAGUUAUUCCUACUCCUACUGGUAUGUUCCUGUCUCAAGGAAAAUAUGCUCAAGAUCUUCUCCAACGUGCUCACAUGUCCGACUGCAAUGCCAUCUCCACACCUAUGGCGUUGAAAUCUACCCUUGACUACCUCUCUGAUGCUUUCCCAAAUCCAUCUCUCUAUCGCAGCAUAGUAGGGGCCUUACAAUACCUCACCAUAACACGACCUGAUCUCUCUUACACUGUUAAUAGCGUUUGCCAACACAUGCAUGCCCCUACAGUUGGACAUAUGCAACUUGUCAAAUGUAUCUUGCGCUAUGUUCGUGGCACUUUCAAAUUUGGACUUCAUCUCCUACAUGACAACACACUUGAUCUUUAUGCAUUUUCAGAUCUUGAUUGGGCUGGUUGUCCUCUUACUUGUCACUCUAUGACUAGUUAUGGUGUUUUCUUGGGCUCCAACUUAAUUUCUUGGGUUGCUAAGAAACAACCCACAGUGUCUCGCUCAAGUGCAGAAGCUGAAUAUCGAGCUAUGGCUGUUGCCACUGCCGAAGUCACUUGGAUCUCCUUUAUACUACGAGAUCUUGGCAUCCCUUUACCUACUGCUGCUACUCUUUUUUGUGACAACAUCAGUGCCUUAUACAUGUCAAUUAAUCCGGUUUUUCAUGCACGUAGUAAGCAUAUAGAAAUUGAUUAUCACUUUGUUUGUGAGAAAGUUGCUCAAGGAGAUCUCAUCACUAAGUUUGUUCGUACUUCUCAUCAGCUUGCUGAUGUGUUUACAAAGCCACUUCCUCGUGACCAGUUUUAA